CCGCACAAAAUUCUCCCACGUCUCUUUCUUAUAUCUAUCUUUAGAUCUCAAGCUAUACAUACGUACACACUCUCUGUGUUCAAUUUCUCAUUCCGUUUUUGGAAGAACGUUUAGGCAAAAUUUCACCGCCAAAUAUUUAGGAAAAAUCCCAUUUUCCAGCUAUAUUUUUGAGAAUCUUUAGCUCUUAUUAUUCUGUAACCCAUCAAAGAUUCCAUUUAAUAAUUAUAAAAAUAAGUUAUUUACACCCCCUCCUUUUUUUCUGUGCUACGACAUCAAAUCCGAGGCUUAAACUUGAUACCGAUUUCUGGUUUUGUUUAAAAUUAUCUACUUUGGGGAUUUUCUGAAGUUUCAUAGGUCUUUUAUCCAAAAAGUUUUGAGUUUUGGGUUGGAAAGUCAACAUUUUGUGGCUGUGUUGUGAUCUAACCUUUGUUGAUUGCUAAUAUUGAUUCAUUGUUUAGAUGCUUUCUGGAUAAAUAUGCAGCCCGAUCAGAGAAAAAAGGGGUCUGUGGAGGUAGAUUUCUUCACGCAAUAUGGUGAAGGAAGCAGAUAUAGAAUCGAUGAAGUGAUUGGUAAAGGUAGUUAUGGAGUUGUCUGCUCUGCAUACGACACUCAUCUUGGGGAAAAAGUUGCAAUUAAAAAGAUAAAUGACAUCUUUGAGCAUGUCUCUGAUGCAACACGUAUACUUCGGGAGAUUAAACUUCUUAGGCUUCUUCGACAUCCAGACAUUGUGGAAAUCAAGCAUAUUUUACUGCCUCCUUCUAGAAGGGAAUUCAAGGAUAUAUAUGUAGUUUUCGAACUAAUGGAAUCUGAUCUCCAUCAGGUCAUUAAAGCAAAUGAUGACUUGACUCCCGAACAUUACCAAUUCUUUCUUUAUCAGCUUCUUCGAGGCAUGAAGUACAUACACACAGCAAAUGUUUUUCACCGUGAUUUGAAGCCUAAAAAUAUUUUAGCAAAUGCUGACUGCAAACUUAAGAUCUGUGACUUUGGCUUGGCAAGAGUAGCCUUUAAUGACACUCCUACCGCUAUAUUUUGGACAGACUAUGUUGCAACAAGAUGGUAUCGGGCUCCUGAAUUAUGUGGAUCAUUUUUCUCGAAGUAUACACCUGCAAUUGAUAUAUGGAGCAUUGGUUGCAUAUUUGCCGAACUUUUGACCGGAAAACCUCUUUUUCCUGGAAAAAAUGUGGUUCAUCAAUUAGAUCUAAUGACUGAUGUGUUGGGUACUCCGCCACCAGAAACCAUUGCAAGGAUAAGAAAUGAAAAGGCCAGGAGAUACUUAAGCAGCUUGCGAAAGAAGAAGCCCGUUCCUUUCUCUCAUAAGUUUCCAAAUGCUGACCCCCUUGCUUUACGCUUAUUAGAAAGGAUGCUUGCCUUUGAUCCGAAGGAUCGACCAUCUGCGGAAGAGGCUCUUGCGGAUCCAUACUUCAGGAACUUGGCCAAAGUUGAGAGAGAACCUUCUGCACAACCGGUGACAAAAAUGGAAUUUGAGUUUGAAAGACGAAGGAUAACCAAGGACGAUGUGAGAGAGUUAAUAUACCGGGAGAUUCUUGAAUAUCAUCCGAAAAUGUUGAAAGAAUUCUUAGACGGAGCUGAGCCUACAGGCUUCAUGUAUCCAAGUGCUGUCGACAAAUUUAAGAAGCAAUUUGCAUAUUUGGAAGAGCAUUACGGAAAUGGAACUACUGGUCCACCUGAGAGGCAGCAUUCAUCAUCUUUGCCCAGGCCAUGUGUAUUACAUGCGGAUAAUUUGACACAGAAUUCGGCUGGUAUCUCAAAUGAUUUCUCCAAAUGUUCCAUUAAAGAAGUUGAGAAGCCGCAGGUGGACCGGAUGUCUGGAAUUCCGAGAUUUCCUCUCCAGGUUCCUCAAAACAUACCAGUAGGGGGUGCUGCAAGGCCUGGGAAGGUCGUCGGCUCUGUUUUACAUUACAACAAUAGUGCAGCAGCCGCAGCAGAGGCCAAUGAACAGCGAAAAAUGGUCAGGAGUCCUGCAAUGCCUGCACAGUACGUUGUUCCUGGCUCGAGUUACCCAAGAAAGUAUCCGGGCUGUAAGAAUGAAAGGGGAGAUGGUACUGAAGGAUCCAAUGGUGCCCAACCGAAACCCGACAUGUACAUGGCCAGAAAAGUAGCAGCUGCUCAAGGCGGGUCAGGAAGUCACUGGUAUUAACUUCAUGAUACUCUGGUCGACUGGGAUGGACACGCUUUGAUGGUUGGCUCAUAACCCGAGCGCUUGAUCGACUGUAAACCCAUCUCGUGUAUGACAGAUUUUAACAUUCCUGUAUUCCUAACAGGAGGGCUAAAAUAAUCGAACUACUUGACUAACAUUAUACAGUUCAUAUCAAUGUUUCCGAAUAUGUGAAGACUGCAUGGAUUCUCAUCCAUGAUUAUUCUUUGGAGAUUCAAGAUUGAAAUGGCAGAUUUGUAGGACGAUGUAAAGCUGAGGAAGUGACCUAAAAAAAAGCUAAUCUUGUGUUACGUGCCUGUAUUAUUUUGUGACUCUGAACUCGGGUUGGACACAGCGAAGACUCAUAGUCUGAGAUAAGGUUUUGCUGUAUUGACAACGUUGCCGAUUUCAUUUGUCUAAACAUUUUGUUCCCGUAGCUGUAUAACUACUAAAGCUGUUAUUGGACGAUAACUUUUAAGAUGAAAUUGUAUGAUAAUGUGGUUCUCGUA